GGUUAUUAAAAUUGCCGAUUUUCCCAUUCUGUAAUCACCAAGCAGCAACUUUUGUACUUAUUAUAAAAUUUGGCAAAAGACUGUUUAAGUCUUCGUCCUUGGUUUCUAUCAGUUUCGCCAUUGUCUUCUACUGUAUAAAGGUCUUUCUUCUUCCUCUGAUCAAUUUUAUAGGAAGGAUGGCGAUUAGAAAACACCCUUCUAAUUCGUGAAAAGAUCACCGGAUUUGCUCAAGUAAUAUUGAAUCCCAAAAUGCUGACUCUCACCAUCUUCUUCAUCUCACUCCUCCAUCUUCUCCUCCCCACCACCACCACCGCCCCAGUCUACAAUGCCACUGACAUCAUCCUCCUUGACUGCGGCUCACCGUCCAAUACUACGUCAAUGGAUGGCCGAAACUGGUAUGCCGAUCCGCGAUCUAUAUAUUCGUCCUUCAACGACCCAAACUCAUCAUUUUCUUUAAAUGCCUCCCACCAAGAGCCUGGGGUUCCCAAAGUUCCAUACCUCUCUGCUCUCAUCAUUAAAUCUAAAUUCACCUACAGCUUUUCCGUCUCCCCUGGCCCAAAGUUCCUUCGUCUCUACUUCUACCCAGAAAAAUACUCCACUUUUGACAUGACCGCUUCCUUCUUCAACGUCACUGCGAAUAGCUACACCCUCUUGAAAAAUUUCAGUGCGCAUAUGCACCUGAUGACCAACGUGGACGUCUCGAUCAAAGAAUUCAUUGUUCCUGUGUGGGACAAUGAGAUUCUUAAUGUAACUUUCAUCCCUUCUCGGAACUCUUACGCUUUCAUAAACGGCAUCGAAAUUGUUUCCGUGCCAAGCAGCCUCUACUUAAGAGGUUGGGAAACCCGACUUGUGACUGUAGACCAUGGCCGUUCCUUCCCUUUCGAUAAUACCGUCACCUCCCUUGAGACUCUUCAUCGACUGAAUGUUGGCGGGAGUCGGAUUGUGGACGUGGAUGACACAGGAAUGUACCGAACCUGGAGUCUAGAUGCAGAUUAUCUCGUUGAGUCAAACUGGACUAUUCCGAUUUUGAACAAAUCCCAACGGCUUCAAUUUGAAAACGGAACACCAGCGUACACCGCACCCGAGGAAGUUUACAUUACUUCUCGUAUGAUGGGCAAUGAUGCUUCGUUGAAUUUGAAAUCCAACAUGACCUGGAAGUUCUCCGUUGAUGCGGGGUUUCACUACCUCAUCAGGCUUCAUUUCUGUGAGCUUCUGGCGGAAGUCACAGGCCCGGAUCAACAUGUUUUCGACAUAUUCAUUAACAAUCAAACAGUGGAAACAAACAUAGAUGUGUUUUCUAUGAGCGGCGGCAUAGGAUUUCCGAUGUACAGAGACUAUAGGGUUGACAACAGGACCCAAGGGAGGGACCUCUGGCUAGCACUACACCCUCAAACCGGAGGACUUGUUGAUGCCUUCUUGAACGGUUUAGAGCUUUUCAAACUGAAUCAAUCCGAUGGUAACCUAGCUGGACCCAAUCCUGACUCGAUUUCUAGUCCCGCACCUCCAGACUCGCAAGGCCCAAAGAGUAAGGUAACAUCACUAAUUUUGCCAAUCAUUGGAGCUAUUCUCGGUGGUUUUGCUCUGGUUUCUCUCCUCGUGAGCUUUUUCGUCUUUCAAAGACACAGAAAACUGAAAGACUCGCUCUCUUUCACAUCAAAGUUCUUUACCACAAAAACCUCCUCCUCGUUACCGUCUGAUAUCUGUUGUCACUUCUCAAUUGCCGAGAUCAAAGCAGCCACUCAAGAUUUCGACGAUGCGCUUCUAAUCGGAAUGGGCCUGGCCCAAUGGGCCCCUAGUUGUUGUCAAAAUGGAAGCCUUGAUGAAAUCGUGGACCCGUAUCUGGCAGGCCAGAUUGCGCCGGUGGCCUUGCAGAAGUUCGGUGAGAUCGCGGAGAAUUGUCUUCAUGAACGUGGAAAUGAACGUCCGACAAUGAGGGAUAUCGUGCGGGCAUUGGAGUAUACAUUGCAGCUUCAAGAAACCGAAGAAGAAAACACGAAUGAUAGUGACGCUAUUAUCACCGAUGAAGGUUCAAGUGAGAAUACGGUAAAAUCCCAAUACAUAUCAGUCGACAGUUAAUAGUUAAUUAAGAAAUUUAAAAACAGUAUUUCAUAAUAGUUACUAGGGUAAUUUUUACUCAAUUAAUAGUAGAUUAAGAAAUACCUAUUAGUAGAUGAUUUGUUAAAUUUAGCCGAAUGUGUGAUUGGUUGUGUAAGUGAUAGUGCAUAAAACUAUUGCUUGUUG